AAAGAAGGCUGCACACCUUAGUGAACAUUUCAAGAGAGAACUUCUCGAUAACAGUGUGCAAAAAAGAAGGUUGGAUUUGAUAACCAUAGGAUCACUUGAUAGAACUCGACCAAAAGCCAAGAGGAGAGUUAUUGCAAUCAUGGCUAGAGUCCAUCCUGGAGAAUCUCCUUCAAGUUUUGUUUGUCAAGGACUGUUGGAACUACUUGUUAGCUCUAACUCAGUGGCUUCUAUCCUCAGACAACACGUGAUAUUCAAAGUGAUUCCCAUGUUGAACCCAGAUGGGGUGUUUCUGGGGAACUACAGGAGUACCGUGAUGGGAACGGAUCUGAACAGAUCUUGGCACAUAGCUAAUCCUUGGUGUCAUCCUACAAUAAAAGCUGUGACAGAUAUGUUGGCAACAAUAGACAAAAAUAAAGAAUUUCAGUUGGAUUUUGUAGUUGAUAUACAUGCUCAUUCGAGUUUGAAAGGAUGUUUUGUUUAUGGAAACACAUACGAAGAUGUUUACAGGUACGAAAGACACAUUCUGUUCCCCAAACUUCUGGCCAGUACAUCCGAUGACUACAUUCCAGAGAAUACCAUGUUCAAUUCCGACAUAAAUAAAAUUGGUACGUCAAGAAGGUACCUCUGUUCAAUUUUAAGCGAUAGAGUCAACUGCUAUUCCUUCGAGGUGUCGAUUUUUGGCUACAAACUCAAAGGAACUGAAAUCACUGUUCCCUAUACCGAAGAUAGUUAUAUGAGAUGCGGUCGAAAUUUGGUUCGAACCUUCCUAGAAUACUACCAAAACACCGGAGCGAUCCCGAUUGAAAUUGGUUCCGAGAUUACCAAUAAGAAACGGAGGCCAAGGACCAACCAAAUAAGGAGGAGGAACCGAAACCGCUACCAGCGGCCUUUGACGAGCAGAACUCUUGCUCAGCUGCAUUUCCAGAAUCUCAACAUCUUCGACAGCGAAACCGAAUUUGAGGACUAUUCUUAUAGUUACAGAAAUCCAAGCCCUCAGAGGGUUAACGACCAGAACACAGCGAAAUCGACUGCCAGAGGGAAUCCCCAGAAAUUCUUCAGAAGCAGUUCUCCACCCCCAACUACGUAUGUCGUUUUACCCGAGCCAGCACUGUCAAUCAUUGAUUUC